GCAAAUCCACCAUUUUCCCUUUGUAACUAACCGGUGUUCAAAACACGUGCGUACGAUCAAGUUACAUGGAAAACCAGAGUGAUCGCGACUGAAAUAAGUACAUAAACGAUACUAAAAAGUGCGACGCGUUUUGCUUAACAGGUGUAUCGUGUUAAUUUACCAGAAUGAAUACCGAAAAGCUGAAAAAACUGCAGUCGCAAGUCCGUAUAGGCGGCAAGGGGACCCCAAGGCGCAAGAAGAAGGUCGUCCACGCUACUGCAGCUACAGAUGACAAGAAAUUACAGUCAUCCCUCAAGAAACUAUCAGUUAACACUAUCCCUGGCAUCGAAGAGGUGAAUAUGAUCAAGGAAGACAACACAGUAAUACAUUUUAACAACCCAAAAGCGCAAGCAUCGCUUGCAGCUAACACUUUCGCUAUCACCGGUCACGGGGAGAACAAACAGGUCGCUGAGAUGCUUCCCGGUAUCCUGAGCCAGCUCGGAUCCGAUGAUAUCAAUCGGCUAAAGAAGAUGGUAUCCAAUGUGUCUCCUCCAAAACCGAUAGACGAGGAUGAUGAGGUACCUAACCUAGUUGGUGACUUCGACGAGGCGUCAAAACAAGAGGCGAAGGAAGUUGUAGCUGAGGAGAAGGAAAAGGAAAAGGAAAAAGAAAAAGAAAAAGAGGAGAAACAACCCGAACCAGAAACCAAAGCCGCGGAUAAGAAAAGCGAUUAAAUAAUCCUCCAUAGAUUUAUAUUAACGCUCACUAAGUGCUAGGAGUUUCCAAGGGCAUGUGUGUCUCAAAGUUACUUUAUCUUUUGUAUUUUUUGUGUUCCCAUAUCCAAAAUUUGUCAAGGUGUUGAUGGCUAGCUCGGAGGGACUUCUUUUCUGCUUUUGGAAACUCUGUAGAGCCAUCCAGAUACAGCUUAUACAUUAUGCACUAACAAUUUUAGUUGUACUAGUAACAGCAUUUGAUUUAAUAGUAACAUCAUUGGCUACAAAGAUAUCUGAUGAACUCGUAAAUGUGGAGACAGUAAAGUUAUAUGUAUAGAUAAGGUGUUGAGUGUACCUUAACAUAUUUUAUGAAGAUGAAUUUUUCUAAAGUUGUUAAUCCAUGUCCCGUUCAAAGAUUGCUUUCUCAUUGAACAUAACUAGGUUAAAACAAAUUGAAGAUUAGUCACAGAAGACUCGGGUUGACCGAGCUAUAUGUAUAAUAACAAAAAAAAUGCAAAAUGUAAAAGAUUAGGGUUGUUGUGUUGGCAUAAACUUUGGUCUAAGAUAUAA